ACUUAGUUAACUGACAGGAUGCAGGAGGACAAUGUAGACUAAUGUCAGCUAACGCUUCUUGUCCUGACAACGGAACUUGCUAGCUAAUAAUAGUAAUUCUCUUCACCUAAUCCUUGUUCUUGCUUACUGCUCUCAGGACAUGACACCAUGGAGCUAACUAGACUAGCCUGGCAGUUUUCCUCACCCGGAACAACAAUUUUCUAACGCUAUGUCAUUUCUUGAGUAGUUGGUACAGUCUGAGAGACCACAGCUUGUUUAUCGUUGGUCAGGACACUUGGCGGGUCGGGAAUGAGACGUUUGCUCAGCUUGGUCAGUAAUACCACUAAAGUGUGGUUGGCGGUGUCCCCGCUUAAAUUAAAAAGCACGCCUCUUCUGUUGUGCACCUCGUCUUUCCAGGGAGACAGCACUUGCAAUGGGACGCACACCAAAAAAGCGUUGCUGUCAGACUCUCAGCUGUUUGAAGCCCAGUUUCAGGAGCUGGUGACAGAGCUCACAGAAAGGGACCUCGCCGAUCCUGUGCUGGCAGACGCUCUCAACAGGUUGAGAGAGGUUUUGGUGUACAAUGCCCCUGGAGGAAAGAGGAACCGAGGCCUGUCUGUGAUUGGCUCACUGAGGGAGCUUCUCCCACCCUCUCAGCUCACCCAGGACAUUGUACAGCGGGCUCUGUUGGUUGGCUGGUGCAUUGAGUUGCUUCAGGCAUUUUUCCUCGUGGCAGAUGAUAUCAUGGAUGCAUCUGUGACUCGGAGAGGACAGCCCUGCUGGUACAAGAAGGAUGGAAUCGGUCUGGAGGCCAUCAAUGAUUCAUUUCUCUUAGAAGCGUCAAUCUACAGACUACUACGCAGACAUUGCAGGGACCAGCCGUACUACGUUCACCUACUGGAGCUGUUUACUGAGACAUCUUUCCAGACAGAGCUUGGCCAAGCUCUGGACCUCAUGACAGCCCCCCCUGGACAGAUUGACCUCAACAGGUUCACAAUGGAGAGGUACAAAGCUAUUGUAAAAUACAAGACCGCCUUCUACUCUUUUUACCUCCCAGUGGCAGCUGCAAUGUACAUGGCAGGGAUCAACAGUGAAGAAGAACACAAUAAUGCCAAACACAUCUUGCUCGAGAUGGGAGAGUUUUUCCAAAUACAGGAUGACUACCUUGACUGUUAUGGUGACCCUGCUGUGACAGGAAAGAUUGGUACAGACAUCCAGGACAACAAAUGCAGCUGGCUGGUAGUGACAGCCAUGGAAAUCAUGACUCCAGAACAGAGAGCAGAGCUGGAGGCAUGUUACGGGCGCCACGAUGAAGCCAAGGUAGAAAAGGUCAAAGCGCUGUACAACACCCUGCAAAUGCCAACACUGUACCACAAAUAUGAAGAUGAGAGCUACCAGCGGCUACAGAAACUCAUCGCCUGUCACGCUCAAAACCUUCCUCACUUAGUCUUCCUCAACUUUGCCAAGAAAAUCUACAAGAGGAACAAGUGAGAAGGAAUGAUGAAUGAUUGGAAGUUAUACAAACAGUGUCAGGUGCAUCAGCCUGGUUCACGUUUGACUCUUAUCAUGAUGCACAAAUGAACACCUCUCGAAAUAAAGAGUCGGCCAGGGGCUCUGACCCAAACAGGACUGUGACAUUUCAAAGUCCUGCUGGCAGUUUCUUAGCUUUUCAGUGAUUUGUAGAUAUUUGGAUGUGGAUGUCUUCAAACAGCUUGUCUCUUAAGUUCUAUUUAUUGAAGCCAGUGCAUAAUGUACAGUGUAACCAGUCAUUUAUACAAAGAUGACUCCGGGCAUUUUCAUGUUUAUUUGCCUUGGGAAAUGUUUGGCCAGAUGAAGAUACACAUUAAAUAAUAUAGCGAAAUGGUUUAGUGAUGGAAGAAUAGAUUUAUUAACUGAUAAUAAACUAAAAGGGAUAGUACAGAUAUGACAGGAGAUGUAUCCUGACUACGGACAGAGGUUCAAGCCUGAUCAGCUGUGUUAAUUCCAUUUAUUUUUAUAUUGCUCCUGGAUGUUAUUGCUUUUAAUAAAAAAUAUAUGUCCAGUA